AGGCAGUCGGCGCAAAAACGCGUGAAAGUCGGCGAACCGCCACUGCAGUUCAUCUGGCCGCUUCCCCAGCCACAUCCUUCGCCCCGUCUGCGUCGCCUACAGAGACGCAAUUUUCGCAGAGCCCAAGACCGAGUUUCGAGGACACUGCGGCUACAAGCGCUCCCUCAUCCGUUCAGGCGAAGCCGCACCUACGUACUGCUUUGCAGACAUCAACAGAUCAUGAGCUUGUUGACGAGUUUAAGUUUUCAAUUUCAACAUCGUUGCCGAGCACGAGCAAAAUGAAAAGAAAUGAAGAGGAGCCCAUGAAUGCGGCCGCAACCGACAAGGACCCUGUGGUCGGAAGUACCUCGACGACGUCAACGGCAGUACUAGGCCCUCGGCGAGACAACAUUGCGGCGAUCGCAGGUGGACUAUGUAACGCAGCAAGACGCGAAGGGGCUGCAAAUUUCACCGGGGGACAUCAAAAUGCUGGGCCUGCUGACAGUCUGGUCAGCAUCUGCCAAAAUAAUGAUGAUAGAAGGGAUACUCAAUCUAUAUGUAGUGCAGCUGGUUCACAACCUGCUUCAUCGGAAGACACGUUCGAACCGGAAUUUAGAAAAGACGACGUCGAAGGAGAAGGCAGGAGGUGGGUCGAUGAACGAACGCCCUGCAAGGAUUCUCAACUCGCUUCCGCAUCCACACCUACGCAAUCCAAAUUAACAGCAGGAAAUGGAGCAAGGACAGACACGAAAAGUGUCGCUCGAUCUGAUUUGAAUGCUUUCUCUCCGACUGCAGUAUCUACGGGCAGCCCGCCUGCUUCUUCGCCUGGGGCCGCGCCAACAUCCACCGAUGAAUCAGUGACCGCGCAGCCAACAAGUGUCCGGCGCCCGAAAUAUUCAUGGUCAUUCCCGAAGCCUGACCUAUCCGAACCGUUGCUAGACCCGGUUGCGGAGGUGCAUCGGCGGCUGCCGUUUCUGCCGAAGUAUGACUUAAAUAAGCCACCGCAGCUCCCCUAUUGUCCACGCACGGCCCGAACUGACGAACUGGAUCGCCGCAUGUACGCGAUGCUAGCCGAGGACGAAGAGAAGGAGCGCCAGUCGGCGCUGCGAAGACGAGAAGCAGAACAAGCGAGACUAAAGCACGCAGAAGCACAGCUGACGGAGGAAAGUCAACCUUUGGAACAAGAACCUUGUGGUCAUUACUCGGCAGCUCGAGCAGCUGUAGCAGCACCUUACCCUCUGGCCCCCCGCGACGACGACGUCAGUGAGGAGCUGUCUUGCUCCGGCACGCCACUGAAUUCCCCGGAGCGGCGACCCGUGCAGAUGCCCCCUCGAACGCCCACCGGAGACAGGGAAGUGACUGCACCCCGUACAGCACCUGCUCCGUCGACAAUCGGGAAAAAUAGACCGCCGUCUGCUUAUGAGGAGGCGAUGGCAGCACCGCGAACGCUGAACGCCUCACUCGGAGAGACGAUGCGUCAAGCGCUACGGAGAAAGAUCGCCCAACAGGCCAGCCUCCGCCGCAAGCGCACGGCCGGAACAAUCACCGCCGAGGAGGCGGAGGCGCAGGAAGACCCCGUUUUUAACCGAGCGUACGCGAACC